UUCUGGAAAGUGAGAUCAGGUGCGGCGCGUGCAGCCCGGGGCGUCCGUGUGUUUGGACGCGGAGGGCAUCUGGAUGGCCCUUCAGCUAGGGAUUCUCGGGUCACGCAUGUCUUCCAUGUGUCACGUAGGGAAGCACUGAACAGGAAUGUGUCGGCGUGUCACGUCGUCCAUUGCGUGCGCAAUCGCGGCCCUGACUUUUUCUACCGAGAUGAACGAGACGGGCGUCCGCGAGACACGGGCCGCUUGAUGGGUGACUGCAUCGCAUCUCUGAUCCCAAAGCGUCCAUUAUUACCGGAAGACAGAAGGUGACUGCGAGCCUCAACAUAACAUCAGAAAGAUCAGCUGACUUCGGCGAGCCAGGAGCACCUUCUUAUCAUAGUCUGCCAACUUUCUGAUUUAGUCACCUACGUAAAAAAUAAACCUGCCACCGAAAGUGUUUUCGUCAGACUCAGGGCCGCCAUCUUCUGCUCCGGUUCAACGAAUCCCCGGUGAAACGCCAGAGUUUUCCAGUGGGCUGUCGUAGUCGCCGCCAUCGCCAUGACGACGGAAUGAUAACAGGCGGGAAGGAUGACCUCCCCAGCCAGACCCUGCAUGGGAAAGACUCAAUCGUGAGCCUGCAGGAAGAUAAGGGCAACGGAAGCCAGAAACGUAGAAGUGGAAGCCAGGUUCAGGGAGGGUGACUCGAGGGCUGCGCGCGGGGGCCAGUGUUCUCAGAGGAGUCGCACCGCGUGACGCCCGCCGCCGCCAUGCGUUGCUCCACGCUCCUGGCCAUCCUGACUGCGGUGCUGCUCUACCUGGUGAUGGGGGCGCUGGUGUUCCGCAGCCUGGAGGAGCCGCGCGAGAUGGGCCAGUUCCAGCAGAUGCUCAACGUCCGCGAAGACUUCCUGCGGAACUACACCUGCAUAUCUCCAGACGGGCUGCAGCUGCUCAUACAGGAAGUGGCAGAUGCACUGGGAGCCGGGGUAGAUCUCACCACAAACGCCUCCGCCUACUCCAGCCAGUGGGACCUGGCCAGUGCCUUCUUCUUCUCAGGCACCAUCAUUACUACAAUUGGUUACGGGAACAUCUCUCCCAAGACAGAGUGGGGCCAGCUCUUCUGCAUCUGUUAUGCCCUGGUGGGGAUUCCCAUGUUCGGCUUCCUGCUGGCCGGAGUCGGGCAAUACCUGGGGAACGGCCUGAGGAAGGCCGUCGCCAAGAUAGAGAAGCUCUUUCUGAAGUGGCGAGUCAGCCCCACCAUCGUACGCGUCAUCUCCGCCGCCCUCUCCAUCCUGCUGGGCUGCCUGCUCUUCAUCGCCGUGCCGAUUCUCGUCUUCAAGGAGGUGGAGAAGUGGACGUUGCUGGAGGCGGCGUACUUCGUGGUCAUCACUCUCACCACGGUGGGCUUCGGGGACUACGUGGCAGGUGAUGGAGGUGAGGCUGGCAGUGACCACUGGUACAAGCCCCUGGUGUGGUUCUGGAUCCUUUUGGGUCUGGCCUACUUCGCCUCCAUCCUCACCAUGAUUGGAAACUGGCUCCGGGUUCUGUCCAAGAAAACCCGGGCUGAGAUGGAGGAGUUUAGGGCUCACGCCACCGACUGGACCCAGAAUAUCCAGAACAUGUCAGUCGAUUUUCGCAUCCCAAAUCCGCUGGAAGACCAGUUCAAGCGGCAGAAAAAACGGAGAAGGCGCCGUGUUCCCAAACCACAUGUCCAGGGAAUGGGGCAGGGGAAGGAGGCAAAUGGGCCGGACACUGGCCACAGCCAGUCCGAGUCGGGUUCGACGUCAUACUCAUCCUCAGACACGGAGUCCAGCUCAGAAGCGACAAAAACAGAAAGGGUGGCUGAGGUGGGUCCGGAGAAGGAUGUCAUUUUGAAGUCCACACCCCUGCAAACCAACCUUAACAACACCUCACAGCCUCUUGACUAUUUCGGGGUGAACAUGACCUACAUUGACGAGUCAUCAGAUGCGCACAGCGGAAGGUUCCGGAAUGAACCUUCUCUGGAUCCGGUGGCUCCCACGUCUACCAUUCAACCGAGAGUGAAGAGGAAACGUAACAAGAGACAGCUGAACCGGAAGAACCAUGAAAUGGCCCCACCCGAGCAUAAGGCGCUCAAUGGCGAUAUCCGGCCAGCAGUCACCCCCCCACCACCUCCUCCACAGUGAGCCUGAAAACUCGACGCAAGUGCUUAUGGGAAGUACAGCCUAGAGACGUUGACUAGGCCCUGCCAAGCAUGGCCAACUUCAAAAGCCGCAUGACCUUCAGAGUAGGUCUGCCAGGUAACGUUCCUCUGAGAAGAUCAGUCGAUCACAGAUACUGGGGCCUGUUCUUGGUGUCUGGCCUCUCUACAGUGUUUAUCCUGCAGACCACUGACCACUGCAUUUAGCAGUGACAGUACCAUGUAUUUUCUACUCAUGGCUGCUUACGUUCCGGCAUUUUCCAUUGAUUUGACUGCCAUGCGACAGACCCACGACUCAUAAUAGUACUUGUUUUUAUGAUUUUACAAUUUCACGACAAAACCUAUCAGCUACAAACAGUUGUUUCAUUGAUGAGGUGCAAGAUAAUCGCCAGCUGUGCAGUGAGACGCUGGACGAAGCCUUCAGCCCUGGCGAAACAGCACUGCAAAGCUUUCGUUUGGCUGUAUGAGUGCUAGAUAUGUAAUGUGCAACUUAGACAAACAACCAGUUAUUCCACAACUUUACUCCUACUAACCACGACAUAGAUGGAAAAUAAGAACAAAUGUGUGUACAUGUGCUUCCAUGAGAGGGUGUCUAUAUCCUUAUCGAAUGCCAAAUAAGAACCAAUGAUACUGCAAUAUGUACAAAUCAUACACAUGACAUUUAUGUGAGUGUGUGGGCGAGUACGUGUGGGUAUAAUGGGAUGCAUUAAGGUAUGUUAUGUCAUGUGAUGCACUUUCAGGCAGUGAUAAAUAGAUAACCACAGUCCUGUUCUCUAAGCCUCUGUGUGAUUGUGUGAGUAUGAGUACUGCCAUUAGUGUGUUUAUUCUCAGUGUUAAUUUCCUUGGUCUUUUCCUGCCGGUCCAAAUGAGCUGGUCACACACGUGCCUCCUGCUAUGAUAUGCUUUCAUUUUAUCCAGGAAACAGAAAAUAACCCAUGACUGUUCAGUAAUAUAUUUUAUUACUAGGGUGCAUGCAAUUAAAUAUAAAAAAAAAGACAAUGCACAUAUGUCAAAUGUGUUCCGCAAAAAAAAUAAUAUUAAUAAUAAAAAUAAAAUGAAUUACUCAAUAACAAAA